AUGUAUAUUCCCACCGCCUCUAGCCUGACAGGCUUGCGAUUCACACAUCUACUCACACAGUCACCUAAUCGCCCUGUCGAUGAGUCGCCGAUUGUAGAUAUCAUAACAAAAGUUGAUUGCUACACGUUUGGAAUGACAUACAGCUCAAAUGGGAUGUGCAUCAAACUGCAUGAAAUACCAAAGCUGAGCACAUUUCCACCGGAGACCAAGGACCAUGUAAGCCUGAACCCCUCCGCAACGGCAGGCCAGGACGAACCUGCUGACAUCUUCUGGUGUAAGGUCAACGGACUUCCAUCUCUCUGA